AUGAGUUUGGACGUGAACAUGUCUUCUACGACUGAUGGCAAUGCAGAUACCGCUCCUGAAGCUGAUUGGAAGCCUCCUACUGGCAAGCUGAGCAACUUUUACUAUCGUGGUGGUGCUCCCAUCACUCGUUCUCAAAUGGUGUCCAUGUUCAGUUCAGCGAAAAUCAGAGAAUACAAGGGCCAUAAGGAGAAGGUACACAGCGUUGCUUGGAACGCUGAUGGUCGACGACUCGCCUCUGGCUCGGUGGAUAAAACUGCUCGUGUUUGGUCCCCUCAAAGAUCUACAGACGUGAAAUACUCUACUGAGCUGAAGGGUCAUACAGGCAGUGUAGAUCAAUUGGAUUGGAACCCUACUCAUCCAGAUCGCUUGGCUACUGCUUCCAGUGAUCAAACUGUUCGUAUUUGGGAUCAAAGAUCUGGAAAAUGUACAGCCAAGGUUGACACAGAGGGAGAAAACAUCAAUAUUUGCUGGAGCCCUGACGGAAACGACAUUGCAGUAGGAGACAAGAACGACAAAAUCACAUUUAUCGAUACUCGUACAAACCAAAUCAAGUUUACCAAAGACUUUCGAUAUGAAGUGAAUGAAUUUACCUGGAAUCUUGCCAACAAUCUGUUCUGCGUUACAACCGGUCAGGGUAAUAUUGAGUUGUAUGAUUACCCUUCUUUCGAACAAGUUGCAACUGGUCGUGGUCAUACAUCAAGUUGUUACUCGGUGGAAGCUGAUCCCAGCGGCAACUACCUUGCUGCUGGGUCCGCUGAUGGCUCGGUGUCUCUGUGGGACAUGGAAUCCAUGAAUUGUAUCAGAGCAUUUGGGAAGCUCACACAUCCUGUCCGAACACUUAGUUUCAGUUUUGAUGCGCAAUACAUUGCCUAUGCCUCUGAGGACCAUUUCAUUGAUAUCUCUCAUGUACAGAGCGGUGAGUCCGUAAAGAAUAUUGAAUGCUCUGCAGCUAUGAACACGGUUGCUUGGUCACCACGAGAUUAUUACUUGGCCUAUGCAGGAGACGAAACUGCCUCUGAUGGAAAAUAUGCUGGAAAUUUGAGAAUUUUCAGUAUGAAGGACCCCAGAGAACAGAAUUAG